GAAACCAGUAAAAUGGUCGAGGGUCAGACAGCGGUUCAACAGCAGCAGCAGCAGCAGCAGCAAUCAUCGGGCACUGGCAGCUCUAGUGCUGGCACUGGCGGUGGCACGGCUGGUGGCGCCUCCGCUGGCGCUGGUGUGGCCAACAGUCAAGCGCAGCAGAAUGGUGGCUCAACGGCCACGGCAACUGCUGUGGCUGCGGCUGCUGCUCCGGCAGCAACAACCAAUAACAAUGCGGCAGCCAACACCAACAGCAACAACAACAACAAUAACAAUGCAGCCACAAACAACAACAACAAUAAUAAUAACAACAACAAUAACAAUAAUAACAACAACAACAAUGAACCGGAUCCAAAAACCAAUUUGAUUGUGAACUACUUGCCACAGACGAUGUCACAGGACGAAAUCCGUUCAUUGUUCGUCAGCUUUGGAGAGGUGGAGAGCUGCAAGCUGAUACGUGAUAAGGUGACAGGCCAAAGUCUGGGCUACGGCUUUGUCAACUACGUGAAGCAAGAGGAUGCGGAGAAGGCUAUUAAUGCAUUGAAUGGUCUACGUCUGCAAAACAAAACCAUCAAGGUCUCCAUUGCGCGUCCCAGCUCGGAGAGCAUUAAGGGCGCCAAUCUCUAUGUAUCGGGUCUUCCAAAGAAUAUGACACAGUCCGAUUUGGAAUCGUUGUUCAGUCCAUACGGCAAGAUCAUAACUUCGCGCAUACUUUGUGAUAAUAUCACUGGUCUCUCCAAGGGCGUUGGCUUUAUACGCUUCGAUCAGCGCUUCGAGGCUGAUCGCGCCAUCAAGGAGCUAAACGGCACCACACCGAAAAAUUCCACCGAACCGAUAACCGUUAAGUUUGCCAACAAUCCCAGCAGCAACAAGAACAGCAUGCAACCGCUGGCCGCCUACAUUGCGCCACAGAAUACGCGCGGCGGACGCGCUUUUCCAGCGAACGCGGCCGCCGGUGCCGCAGCGGCAGCCGCUGCUGCUGCCAUUCAUCCCAACGCGGGCCGUUACAGCUCUGUGAUCUCACGCUAUUCGCCGCUCACCAGUGAUCUAAUUACCAAUGGCAUGAUACAGGGCAAUACCAUAACUAGCUCCGGCUGGUGCAUUUUCGUCUACAAUCUGGCGCCCGAAACCGAAGAGAAUGUGCUCUGGCAGCUGUUCGGUCCAUUUGGGGCUGUGCAGUCGGUCAAGGUAAUACGCGACUUGCAGAGCAACAAGUGCAAGGGCUUUGGCUUUGUCACCAUGACCAACUAUGAGGAGGCGGUGCUGGCCAUACAAUCGCUCAAUGGCUACACGCUGGGCAAUCGGGUACUUCAGGUCAGCUUCAAGACGAACAAAAAUAAGCAAACGUAAUUAUUAACCAAGUUGGCUGCUGUUGUCAAUGCCAAUGCGGCGGCAGCGGCGCUAGCUGCCAAUCGUUUGGUGCUCAAUCAAAGCCACAACAACAACAACAACAACCACAACAAAAACUCGCUGGCAACAACAACAAAAUCGAAUGCAGCAACAACCACAGCGAGCAAUCGUCACAGCAAACCGCCCACAAAUAGCAACAACAACAGCAACAUGACAUCUAUUAGCAACAACAGUAAGAGCACCACCUGCCAUGCCACGCCCCAUAGCGAAAGCGGCGCCAGCUCGACCAGCAACAGCAACAUAUUGAAAACCUCGACGAAAUUCAUCUACAAUAAGCCGCAGAAUCAUUUCGAAUUGCUGCAACAGCAGCUGCAGCUGCAGCAGGAGUUUGCCCAGUUUCUUACCAAUGUGGCUAAUAGUGCAGCUGGAGCCGGUAUCGCUGCCACGCCCAACACACACAACAACAGCAACAACCAUAACAGCAGUAGUCACAGCAACAGCAACAACAACCACAGUACCAGCAGCAGCAACAACGCAGCCAGCGGUUCACAUGCAACGCGGAAUGCGACAAACAGCUCAACAUUGAGCAGCGCAGCAGCAACAGUUGGCAACAACAAGAGCAAUCACAGCCAUAACAAGAACAACAACAACAACUAUCAGUCCUCAUUUAUGCCAUCUUGGUCAAAUUGGUUUUUCUAAUUGAAGCCGAUACUCACCGUCUGCCCUUUUACAUUUUGAACUAUCCUCUUGUUGGUUUGAAUUUGUUCUAAUACGUUUUUUUUUUAAACCUGAGCCCCU